CACCCCAGCAUUUUGGGUCCUCAGCCCCAGUGCCCAGCCAGGAGGUGGCUUCUCAGGAAUUUUCCCUUUGGUUUUCUCUGCCUCUCACCUCUCUCCAUGCACACCCAGGUUUACGUAUCCAUGAAUACUUGUACUUCCAAGUGCUGAGCCCUGGAGACAUCCGCUACAUCUUCACCGCCACUCCAGCCAAGGAUUUCGGGGGCGUGUUUAACACAAGGUACGAGCAGAUCCACCUGGUCCCGGCGGAUCCCCCCGAAGCCUGCGGAGAGCUGAAUAAUGGAGUCUUCAUCCAGGACCAGAUCGCUUUGGUGGAGAGGGGGGGUUGCUCGUUCCUGUCGAAGACGCGCGUGAUCCAGGAGCACGGCGGCCGGGCGGUGAUCAUCGCCGAUAACGCCUACGACAACGACAGCUUUUACAUCGAGAUGAUCCAGGACAGCUCCAGGCGCACGGCCGACAUCCCCGCGCUCUUCCUGCUGGGCAGGGACGGGUACAUGAUCCGACGCUCCCUGGAGCAGCACGGGCUCCCUUGGGCCGUCAUCUCCAUUCCCGUCAACGUCACCAGCAUCCCCACCUACGAAAUGAUGCAGCCCCCCUGGACCUUCUGGUAGCCACGGGAAGCGGCGAAUCGAGGAUUUCUCAGUGGCUCGCCCCAGGGACCAGGUUUGAGG